UUCCUACUUUCAAAAAUCUGCCUUCAGACUUAAAAAUUGCUCUUUAAAUUACCUUUUUGUAAAAGAGGAGCUGUCUCCCUAUGUCACCCAGGCUGGCCGCCUACACCUGGACUCACGAGAUCCUCCCGCUCAGCCUCCCUGGCAGGCAGAAAUUGUUCUGGCUGCUGGUGAUCUGCAAGGUGGAGCCCACAGGUGCCGAGGGGAGCAGUACCCUGAUGGAGGCCCCUGCAGCUGUGAAGGCCGCUUUCCUGGCGCAGGCCCCGAGUGGCAGCUGGUCAGCAGAGGAGCAGGCAGCUCGGAGCACAGGGCCUGUACCACAGCCAGGUGCUCCCAAGGGAGAGGGCCACAGAGGGGGACCUCCCUGGGCGCUGGGGUCUCUUGGCCUUUGUGAAAAUGAGGAAGCUGGAGAGAGGCCCAGAGGUUCCCCUGGAGGCGCGGUCAUUUCUGAGAAAACUGGAGGGCAGAGUGGCUGCGAGUCAGACGUUCCUCCGAUUGCAGGCCCCGGGGCAAGGGGAAGGCGUGGCUGGAAGGGGCGGCCUUUCCCGUGCAGCGCCUGUGGCCUCAGCUUCAAGUGUCCCUCUGAUGCAGCGAAGCACCGCAGCAUCCACUCGGGGGAGAAGCCGUACGAGUGCAGUGACUGCGGCAAGGCCUUCAUCCACAGCUCGCACGUGGUGCGCCACCAGCGCGCGCACAGCGGGGAGAGGCCCUACGCGUGCGGCGAGUGCGGCAAGGCCUUCAGCCAGAGCUUCAACCUGCUCCGCCACCAGCGCGUGCACACGGGCGAGAAGCCCUACGCCUGCCAGGACUGCGGCAAGGCCUUCGGCCAGAGGUCGGACGCCGCCAAGCACCGCCGCACCCACACCGGAGAGAGGCUGUACGCGUGCGGCGAGUGCGGGAAGCGGUUCCUGCACAGCUCCAACGUGGUGCGGCACCGGCGGACCCACCACGGGGAGAACCCGUACGAGUGCCGCGAGUGCGGCCAGGCCUUUAGCCAGAGCUCCAACCUCCUCCAGCACCAGCGCGUGCACACGGGCGAGCGGCCCUUCGCCUGCCAGGACUGCGGCCGCGCCUUCAGCCGCAGCUCCUUCCUGCGCGAGCACCGCCGCAUCCACACCGGCGAGAAGCCCCACGAGUGUGGCCACUGCGGGCGCGCGUUCCGGGCACUGUCGGGCUUCUUCCGGCACCAGCGGCUCCACACGGGUGAGAAGCCGUUCCGCUGCACUGAGUGCGGCCGCGCCUUCCGCCUGAGCUUCCACCUCAUCCAGCACCGGCGGGUGCACGGCGCUGAGUGAGCCGGGGUACGCAGUGAGGGAGGGGCAGAGCCGGCUGCCCACCUGCCUCUCAGGCUGCGAAAGCCUCGCCCUCGCCGGGGCUGCAUCCACCUUGGCUCAGGGAAGGGGAGCGCUGCCUGCAGGAGGCGCUUCCCAGCGACAGGGCAGGCCCCGGGGGUCUGUGCCGGGCCUGCCACGCGCUGCUGAGACGCCUCCCCUCCCACGGUCAAGCUGCAGCGACUGUCUCAUUUCCUGCGGGGGGCACUGGCCGGUGAUUGAAUUGGUCAUUCCUACAGCCAGGCCUCCAGCAAAACCCUGCAUGGGGCUCGAGCUUUGGGUAGGUGAAGGUGGGGGUUGGUUAGGAAGUGGAGAGCCCAGGGAGGGCGUGGAUGCCUUGUGCCCUCCCCUGUACUUUGCCCAUGAGCGGUUCAUUCACGUCUUUUAACGCCUUUUCACAGUCAGCUGGUCCAUAUGGUCCCGAGCUAUGUGUGCUUAGAAAAGUAUGGAACCUGGCCCAGCGCGGUGGCUCCCGCCUGUAAUCCCAGCACUUUGGGAGACCGAGGUGGUGGAUCAUGAGGUCGAGAGAUCGAAACCAGCCUGGCCAACAUGGUGAAACCCGUUCUCUACUAAAAAUACAAAAAUGAGCCGGGCAUGCACCUGUAGUCCCAGCUAUUCAGGAGGCUGAGGCAGGAGAAUCGUUUGAACCCGGGAGGCAGAGGUUGCAGUGAGCCGAGAUUGCACCACUGCACUCCAGCCUGGCACAGAGCAAGAUUCUGUCUCAAGAAGAAAAAAAGUAUGGAACCUGAGAAGGGGGACGUGGGGACCCUGGGGCCCACCGUCUGCACUUGGCCUCUGAAGUAGGCUGAUCUUGUGGGACUGACCCCUUACCCUGUGGGUCUGUACUAAACGACCGGCAAUCCGUUUCAGACUCGAGUUACGUUGUAGGACAUUGCGCUGCUGUCAGAGUUGGAGAGCUGCUUGGUGUGGGGGGAAAGGCUCUCACACGUGAUGUCAGGAGCAGUUUGUGGGUAGAAGAAUCGUUUUCUCUUUGAGAGUGUUAUGGGUAUGUACAAAUAUUAUUUCCUGUAAAAGAGUUUUGAUUUUUUUAAUCAUAUAUUUAUUUAUCACACAAGA